AUGCUGGCUGUUCUUUCGCUCGUCUCCCUUGCGGUCUCUGUCCUAGCGACUCCCCUCGUCAAUAGGGAAGACGUAUCAUGCGAAACGAUAUACAGUGGAGGACUCCUAUGGACGUCCAAAACCUUUCCAGCGGGAAUACCAGCCGGGUUUCAGUACACGUCCCAAGCUAGCGCCUUUCUUGCACUAGAAUCCGACUCAUCGAUCGAAUUCGCUUUCCAGCAAUGUGAUAGCUCCUUCAUGGGUUACCAGACAACCAGUAAUGGCACUGCGACGGUCAGCUACGGCCAUAUUGCUAUUGUCGACAGUGCCCAGACAGACAGUUGCCUAACCACUGGAGGCCCUACUGUAGCCGGGUCGCCUUAUCUCAUCCUCAACGAUGAGUGUCUGUAUGAGGACAGCUCGCUGCAGCUUGUGCAGUAUUGGUCUUUGACAAAUGAUAGUGUGACGGGGAACUUGUCCAUCGCCUUCAUUGGGGUCUCCGCCAGCGGGUCGACUAUUGGGGACAGCGGUAACCUGUCGUAUCCAUACGGAAUCUGGGAUUUUGAUUCUACGCCAGCGAUCACAACCGUAUCCUACAAAGAGGCUGGUGUUCCGUCAGAUUAUCAAAUAUACUUCACAAGUUAG